AUGAAUCAACGAAAGUUGCUUGGGUUUUAUACCCUGAGUUCAGGUUCAUGGAAAACCGUAUCUUUCACUCUUCCUACCCUAACUGGUUCUUCGGAACCUCAGAUUUCUGUGAAUGGUUUUAUGUAUUGGCUGGCUGGAAGCGAGGUGGAAUAUGUUAUUUGCUUUGAUCUGAUUAAGGAUGGAUUCAAACUUAUAGAUAUUCCUGAUGAUCGCCAACUUGUUCACAGAAAGCUUAUGGUUUUGAGAGGAUCACUUGCGAUGAUGGUCUCUGUUGAGGAUCGUACUAAGGAUACUGAGAUAUGGAUGCUCGUGAAUGAAAAUAGUUCAUACUCUUGGACUAAGAAGUUCAAUUUAGAACCUUUCUCCGGAAAAACAAUGCUGAUGGAAAUGUUGAACGAUCAUAAGCUUCUCGUCGUUGUUUUAAAAACUCAUCUUUGUGGUCUCAGACAAGUCUACUCUUAUGAUCUGGUUACCAAAAUGGUGGAAUAUUUUCAUGUACCAAAGGAACAAGAUUUAGCAUCGUUUGUGGGAGUGCAUGGGUGCUAUUUUGAGAGCUUGGAAAUUAGAAUAGAGGAUUAG